AUCGAUAUCUGCACUAAAAAAGAAUGACAUACUAUUUUGUUUACAUGUACACUACAUACCUCAUAGUAUUUCCUUGUAACAACACAAUCUGUGUCAGCCCUUCUGCAUUCGGUAAAUUAUUUGUAAUUUCACCUCAUUUUGGUCACUCAAGUGGCCGGCGUAUCAAUCUACACCUCAUGUCAACACAGACAACAGGUUGUUAUAAUUUUGUCCAUAAAUGAUCAACGAAGUGGUAAGAACAAUCAUACAAUCUAUUAGGUACAGUAUAUCCUUAUGUUUAAAUCAAAUCCUUAAUUUCUUGUCUGGUUUCGAUUUAAGGUGUAUGGCGAGGUAGAUCCACAAUGGCACUUUGAAGCUGGGCACUGUUAAACAUUCCACUUCAAACCAUAUACUGUGUAUAGGCACUUCCAUGAGUUCACACACAGCACUGAAAGUCACAGAGUCUCAUCUCCGUCGUGCUGAAUCAAUUUUUGGGGAUUGCGUGGGUUCGUCUGGUUUGAUUUUGCAGUUUUAACUUUUUCAACACACUGCUUACUUAAACCGCAAUUCAUGUUGUUCUUUCUAAACCGAAAGUUCAGACAGAAAUUUUCCAAGAUGGCGCCGCCCAUGUUUCGCUCAGGAAACUUGUCUAUACAAUUUAAUUCGGUGAAGAGGUUGUGCUGUGCUUUCAGUUGAGCCAUAUGAUGGGCAUUGGUGUUGAUCUUUUGAAUAAUCUUUUUUCAGACCUUGGAUUUAUGGACAUUCAUCAUUUUGUUGUUGUUGUUUUGUUCAUGUGUAGUCAGCUGUCACACAACACAGUCAUGAUUAAAACGAAUGCCACCAAGUUGGGGCUGCCCAAGGUGGGACUCCAGGAGCGGGCUAAGCAGGCCUCUUUACCUCCUUCUUCUUCAACCACCGCCACAGCAAUGAGGACUUCCAGAUCAUCCUACACGCUGGCAUCAGACCAGCGACUCAGCAGGCUUAAACGAGCCAAUAGUGAUGAUGCUCUGACAAAGCCUGCACUGGGAGCGGCUGCCUCUGGCUUGCGCAUGAAGAAAACUGUGACCACGGGAGCCAUCUCGGAUCUUGCUGAGACACGCCCACGUAGUCUAGCAAGUUCUCAAGCAACGAAGAAGUCUGGUAUCCCGGCCCCGAGGGAAAUCCCGUCCUCAAUAACAAGGGACCGAAUUUCCUUGAGAGACCAGUUUAGGAGCUCUACCUCUAAGAGGAUUGUUUCCAGUGCCAGCACCUCCAGCCUCUCUACCCUGGCAAAGCAAACGCGUAGUUCAACAAAAUGCCGUGGAGAAGUAGAAGGCCAGGAAAGGGGCCUUCUGGAAUGUCAGGUUAAAGAGCUGUUGGCUGAAGCCAAAGCUAAAGACUUGGAGAUUAGUAAUCUCCGUGGGGAGCUGCAACGCUGCAAAGGUAAAGCUUCCACUUCUUCACCAUUGCCGUCACCUGUCUCCGUAUCGCCUCAAGAUUUGGUUUCAGAACAGGACAAAAAGCUCACAGAGGCUUGUGUACUGGUUCAAGAGCUGAGGGAAAAGAAUGCAAAAUUUCAAAGAGAGCUAGCAAACCUCAGAGAGGAAAACCAAGAGCUAAAGAGAAGACUUCUCGGUUUUGAGAACUUAUCAAUAUCUGGUAGCCCUCCAAAACGUCAGAAUGGCCUACCGUCGGAGUCCAGUCCGAGUGCCAGUCUUGUCAAAGCAUCUAUCUCCCUCAGCUCCGUCAAAGACUCACCUUCACCCGACUCGUCAGAGUUUGAGAAGAUCCCACGUUCGGAAUCUAUUAGCAGCAACGUCAGUAGUGAAGCAACUGCAGCUGGGCAUGAUGCGUCUGUACGGAGCUUGACCGAACAGAUACACAAGAUGGAAGAAAACCACCACAGCACUGCAGAGGAGCUGCAGGCUACCCUACAGGAGCUCGCUGACCAGCAGCAAGUCGUGCAAGAACUGACAGCUGAGAAUGAGCGUCUGUCAGAGGAGAAGCGCCUCCUGCAGACCUCACUCCAGCAGCAAAGAGAACGUUUUGAGCUCCUCUCCCAGAAGAAUGAGGCGCUAUCGAGUCGACUUCAGGAGCAGGCCCAAAGGGAGGAUGAGAUCCGUAGCCAAGGUCCUCGAUUCCUCGAACUAGAGCAGAGGUACGCCGAGCUGGUGGAGAGCUCACGCUUUGAACGGGAGAAACUGGUGAACAUCCAGCAGCAGUUAACCAGCAGCCUACGAGCUCUUGAGGAGGAACACCAGGAGGCGCAAGGUCAGGUGCAUGGCCUUCGAGAAGAGAUGGAGAGGCUGCGUGCCCAACUCAACCGAGAGCUGGAAGCCAGAGGUGAUGCCGCGCAAUCUGCGGAAGAGCAGAGAGCGACGGUUGACUCUCUCAGAGUGGAAAACAGUCGGCUGAAGGCACAGGUGGACAUCGAGAGGCAAAAGGUGAGUGAGCUGAAGGUCGUGCAGAGUGCCAGUGAUAGCACUGAGCUGCAGAGGCUACUCAAGAUGGCUCACACUGAGAGAGACCGACUGGAGCACGAGCUGACAGAACUGAGGCGGGACCUGCUACGGGCCCAAGAUGAGACUGAACACGUACAAGCUAGCAUAUCCAAGGUGGAGGCCAAAGGCCAGCAGGUCCAAGAAAGAGCGGAGAUGAGGGAAGAGGAGCUCACAAAGCGGGUGAGUGCCUUGGAAGAGGCAGGCAUCUUGGCUGAGAAACAAGUGAAGGAAAUGAAGGAGACAAUCUUUGAAUUGGAAGACCAAGUGGAGCAGCAGCGAGCCGUCAACCUCCACACCAAUCAAACAGUCCUCGACCUAGAAAAUCUCGUGAAAAAGCUAGAGGAGCAGAAAUUUGAAGCAGAACGACAGCUGAAAGCUUUCAGCAGACAAAUGAAGGAGGAAAAAGAUGAGUGGCGUCGGUUCCAGGCCGAUCUCCAGACAGCGGUGGUGGUUGCUAAUGAUAUCAAAGUGGAGGCUCAACAGGAGUUACGGACACUCCGAAGGCAGCUGCAGGAGGAGCAGGAUCGCAGUGCCAAGCUUUCUUUAGAUCUGGAGGCCUUGCAAGGUGUCAGGUCUCAAAGUGAUGAUUUAAAACGGUCCACUCAUGAAAGCAGCCUUAAGUGGUGCGGUGUGAUCACGAAUACCCCUAAUGACACCAAUGACGAUGCCAACAAGGAGGCUGGAGCUACCGUCAAAUCCCUCAUUAAAUCAUCUGACACUGUUGGACAAAAUGGAUCAGGCCUCACAGUUCAAAUCCACAGCUCACCGAGAAGUCCGCUGAGUGGAAUUCCUACGCGUACCGCACCUGCUGCAGCAGUCUCACCAAUCCAGAGGCAGUCGUACAUAAAGCCCCUGUCAAAGUUGUUGGAAAAAAGAAUCAGUCAUGGAGACUUUGCUCAUCCUCACGGUACGUUUUCAGGUUGUGGUGAAGACACAAAACCCAACAUUCUGAUUAGGAAGAGUCCAUCACUGGAGUCUAUUUUUAAAAGCCCAGUUUCCCUGAGAAGCCGCACAUUUAGCUGCAACCAGGUCAACAACAUGUUCAGUACGGACCCCUUGGCUGCACUCGCGCGGGAGUAUGGGGGAUCUAAGAGGAACGCUCUACUGAAGUGGUGCCAGAAGAAAACACAAGGCUAUCCGAACAUUGACGUGACCAACUUCAGCAGCAGUUGGAGUGACGGCUUGGCAUUUUGCGCUCUGCUGCACACGUAUUUGCCCGCGCACAUCCCUUACCAGGAACUCAUCAGUCAAGAUAAGAUCCGGAAUCUGACUCUGGCUUUUCAGGCAGCUGAGAGCAUCGGCAUUAAACCUUCCCUGAACAUCGAGGAGCUGGUGAAGACUGACAGGCCCGACUGGCAAAGUGUCAUGCAGUACGUCUCUCAGAUCUACAAGCACUUCGAGACCUGACUGCUGUCAAAUUCCAUACGGACUUCCAUCCCCUCGCCUCUUUUCGCCUCGGCCUGCACGGUGCUGGACACUUGAGCUCAAGGCUACAUUGCAUCUUUGGUUUAUUCUGAAAUUUAAAAAGGCCAAAUAUCCCUAAACUUUCGAGUUGUGUAUGCUCAGUACGUUUUUAAUAGUUAUUCAGUGUUUUAUGACUUUCACUUUUUGUGCCAAACAAUGUUUAACUGAUGAGUGUAGAAGUCUCAACAGCUUAGCGCAAACAAAACAAAGUGCAGUUCUCUUCAUGAUUGGUUGUAUUUGCUACAUUUUUGUCCUCGCAGAGCCACACGGCCAUGCGUAACUUGACAGCAGUUUCAGAGUACCGGUAAUUCAAUUUUUUUUUUUUUUUCAUCUGUUUAGGUCUAUUGAGUAUGUGGAAGAUGGCAAUUUACAUGCAGUAUUUUGGUAAGCUGCUCUACAAAUAUUGUUGCUUCGGAAGUAAAACAUUAUUUAUUGACGUGCAUCCUGAAGAAUGAAUGGGUGCGUGUACAUUUGUGCUGUUUUUCUACAUAUUGUCACAUUUUAAGAACUGUUUUAUUAAUAAAGCAAUGUCGAUUUCUAUCCAUUAUUAAUGCACGUUUAAACGCAGCUUUUCCCAAGGGUGAGGAGGAACAUAAUUGGCUACCAGUUCAGCUGAUUGUUAUAGAAAUCAGGACUGUCAGGGAAACAUGCACUUUGGCAUUUAAUCAUUUUUGAGGGCACUUGUUUAACUCAUUAGAUGCCAUUGACAGCGCUAAACAUCCAAUCCAUUGUUGUCAAGGAGGAAUGUUCUUUAACCCCUCCCAGUCAAAAAGUAAUUGGGUGUCAAGCGCUAUCAAUAGCACUGAAGCAUUCACACAUAAGCAUUCACAGCCAGUCCUUCCAGUUUAAAUGAAUUUGAUGUCUAUUUUUGCCAAUAGCAGGCAAUGAGUUAAAUACUAUGAAAUUAAAAAACUAAAAACUAUUGGGAGGCAUAACCAGAGUGUACUUAUGUUUUUUUACUCAUUUCAAUUUAGUUUUUUUUUUUAAUUUUACUAAUUUAUAAUUUCGCUUAUUCAUAAAAAUGUAUAUGGCAGAAAACACAGACAAGGCUGAAAAAGCAGUUUCUGCUCUCACAUCCCUAUCAAUGUUCCCUCUAAUUUUUUAUGUGUCUGAGCAAACACACCAGCUCCCUGAGCACACUGCGGCCCAAGGUGAGCAACAUCAGGUGUGUACUGUAUUUUUUUGGAAUAUAAGUCGCACCAGCCAAAAAAUGGGCAAUUAAAAGGUAAAAACAUACCUGUAUAUGUCGCACCGGCGUAUAAGUCACAUUUUUUGGGGAAAUUUAUUUGGUAGAAUCUACCAUCAAGAACAGACUUGUCAUUUUAAAAGGCAAUUUAGAGUAAAAAUACAAUAGAGAACAACAGGCUGAAUAAGUGUACGGUAUGCUAACAUUACAUGACUCAUAAACAACGAACUGAGAACAUGCCUGGUAUGUUAAUGUAACAUAGCUAUUUAGAGUUAUUCAGAUAACUAUAGCAUAAAGAACAUGCUAACUAGCAACAAUGAUAUAAUAAUGUGUGAAUAAGUUCACAUACAGUAUAAGUCGCUCCAGAGUAUAAGACGCACCCUCUGCCAAACUAUGAAAAAAAACUGCGAUUUAUAGUCCGAAAAAUACGGUACAUGGCGGCCACAUACCAGUAUCACACCUUUUCACGCCUAUUAGCAUUUCUACUGCCCGUAAAUUAUCUAGUAUUAACAGCAUGUAAUGAUUAAUAUUCAUAAUUAAAAUAUCUUUAUAAAUGUCACUAGAAUACACACCAAUCUGACUUAAAUUGUACCUUAUUUUUCACAUCUUAAUAUAUAGGACUAGCAUUUGGUUUACUGAUAUGACAGUGCUCUCAUCUACUAUCGGUGUAUGUCAGGGUGCAUUUUUAACACUGCACAUAGUCUCGUUCUCCAUUAUCUCAUUUAUUGAGUUUACAAAUUCAAAGGCGUAGUUUUUACUUUGCCAGCUUUCUGGUAUACUUACAUACUUUGCCAUGUGAUUGCGGAUUUGUUGAACUGACACCAUUGACACAUUCACUUCGAUGGCAAGUAAAAUAUCGUCAAUGAGAACUUCAACUUGCUCUGGGUCAGAUUUUGUUUUGUGGGACAGCUCGUUUCUCUUCUGUCGGUCUUUUUGCAUUCUCCCUCAAUAAUGUACCAAUUGCCUAUCCCAUCUUGAGUCUUUGUAAUUUUCAACAGCAUUCAAAUGACUUUUCUGCUGAAUAUGACACUUGAGGUAGCCCAACUUCCAUUCAGUCCGCAUUUUUCCCUCUGAAAACUCACUUGGUACUUUGGCUUCGUGGCAAAUAUCACACAGUUUCACCGCUUGUUCGUCUAUUUGCACAUGCUCAGACAGCCACUCCAUCUUAUAUGAACCGCAUUUCUUUUUUACUUUGGCUUGGUGAGUGGAUGUGUCGCUGCCCGUUUGUUUCGCCAUGAUAAGGGGUUGGCCUUUGCGUCUCUCAACUCCGCCACACUCACGCACUGUUGAUAGCUUGCUAACCUACACCGCGCGUGUAGGCUAGGCAAUUCGCAAGCAAUGUCAAUGCUAUGAUUGGCUGCGUAGCGGAAGUGAACCUUAUCGAAUCAUUUGCUGGACACCUGUCACUCACCGAGUUACAACGCAAUUAAUACGUUUCUGUUGAUUUUUUUUU